UUCGGUGAUGACUCUCGUUAUUAAUCAAGAAUCUCUGGAAAAACUGAGCCACGAGAUUGAAGAGAUACGCAUUCGGGCACUCCACGACAUUGAAAAUAAAAUAAAAAGGAGUUUGUGGGAAAAUCAUGACAUAAAGUUUAAGCCACCUUCGGUGGUCAAAAGUCUUAUCCGGUGGUUCGCAAAUGUUCCUAUCUGUGAAGAAGCAACGGUUUUAGAGCUGCUAUCUAUAUUACUCAAGAGCAAACAUGGACAAGGCAUCGUUAAUCAUUUUAGUAGCAGUCGCCUUAUUAAAGAAUUUAGUAAAAUUAAAUAUCUCGUUGGUUCCAAGCCUGAGCUUGCCGCUAUGGUUAACAACGUAACUCAGCUGGUAAUAAAUUGUAAAGAAACGGAUCACAGCAGCGACAAGCUUGAGAGUAUUAGCGAAAGUAUAUCCAGCCUCCGGAUCGAAUGCAUUGACUUAACUGACAGUCCCAGACAAAGUAUCAGCCCCAGUCCUAACGUUUGUACUGACCCAAAUUUAAACUUCUACACCAAAUGUUGGGAAACCCCACUGCCUUCGGAUGCGAAAAUCUUUAAAAACCUCAACGAAUCGCUGCAACCGGGAAACGAUGAAAAAGAUAUACACCACGCCAUCAAUUAUCUCAUACCUUCGAUCAACGAUUAUCCUCCGGAAUUCUUCCUUCAGCCACCAUAUAUUUUUCACACUCUUUUAAGGCUAAUAGGGACUAGAAAUCUCAGUCUCCGCUCAGGUGUAGAAAUAUUUCAUCGUUUCACUAUUUCUCUACAAAAGAGACUUACAUCACUUCAGCUAACUAGAAUGUACACCUAUCAAGAUCCAAAACAGCAAAAUCCGGAUGAUGGACGACUUUUGCAAAUUUCCGUUCCAGUUGUUAUACAGGAGCUUUUCAGUUUUGGGAUUAAUGGCUUAAAGGAAAUUUCGGACGACCCCGACUUGCAUGAUUCAAACAAAAUCUUUAAUCUUUUUCACGAGAUUCUGGAGUUUGGUAGUGUCAUCCAGCUAGAAGAAAGCCAUUUUAGUAAAAUUCGACGCGAACUUGGUUAUCUCGCCAAACAUUUCCGUCAAGGCUGGGAAUCGAACUUCAAGUCUUUUUCUGCAAGAACAAAGUAUCUGGUGACGAUUGAUAUUUUUUCUAAAUAUCUGCAAACCUUCGGCUCAAAGCGAAGUAAUGAAAGCAGCGUACCAUCUGCUAAUAACGACACGUGCUUUCCUCAUAAGCCUUCCUAUAACCCGGCAGCUUUCGAAACAAUCAAUUCUACGACUCAUCGACUGGCGUUGGAAUCCAGCGAUCAGAGCUGGCUUCACGAACUACAAAUAGCCGCCCUCGAUUAUCCUAUGAAACACAUCUAUUCGUCGGUGUAUGAACCGUUACUGGAGCAAGUGCUCAAAGAGGACAACCGCAAAUUGGAGAUUCUACUUAGUGCUGAUGAAAUAUUAGCUCCAGCUGUUAGGAUUUUACGGCAACCAACGGCGUUUUCCGAUGAGGAAGUGGUUUUCCUAGGGCUAGAAGCAAUUGAUACGCUGCAUCUGCAUCGAUCAACAGACUUGGUGAAGUUGAUUAUUCGAUCCGUUGGGAAUUGCCAAAUUUAUUUCGAAGGAAACCUUAAACUGAGAGAAACCGCCGAGAAGCUAAUUUUGCGACUUUUAUCUCAUUCAGAUGAAUUGAUUAAAAGUACCGCUUAUGACCAGUGCAAUGUAGUAAUUAAGAAUUACAUCAGUUCACUGGAUGAGGGCGCUAUCGUGACCGAUCGGAAAGGGUUGUCUAAAAUGGGUGGAAAAUUGCAAUCGUUAGGAAUUCCACUCACGGUAGAAAUUUUGGUUGAAGUGAUUUGCUUUGGCUUUUACAGUGCCAACAGAAAGAUCCAACAGCAAGCGGAAACCAUCCUACUCUUCGUACUAAAUUCUCGAACAUUCUUGUUGGAUCGCUGGACCGAUCUACUGGAUAUAAUCUUACCCGCUAUGCCAUUACUGCAAACGGUGGCAAUUAACAAAAAACACUCGACAUUGUCUCGUGCUAUUAUUGGGUUGUUUCAUCCGGAUGCAGGUUUACCUGCAUUGGAUUUGCUUCGAGGCAAUUUACGCUUUUUAUUUCAAGACGAUGCCAGCAUCCGAGAGGAAGCAUUAACGCGUGUGCUCUUUCUCUUGAGUACUACAGAACGGUACUAUUCACCCAACAUUGAACAUAUCCGUGAUACAAUUUCUAACACAAUUUGUUUAUUGAAAACUAAGUACGACGUCGCAAAACACCUUUCUACCGACGUGUACGAACUCAGUGCGGUAAAACCGUUGUUGGAUACUUUAGAACAAGAUAACUGCGAUCCAGCUAUAAGGCGUAGCGCCCUGGUUCAGCUUAACCUUAUGGCCGAAGAUCCAUGUUUAUGCAACAUUAUCCACCAAUCCAACGGAUGGGCCUUUGUUCUGCAGGUAUUGGAUAAUGCUCUUCGCGAAGAGCACUGUCUUGACUAUCCGGAUAGCGCCGUGCCGGCCAUUGGAAUACUAGCAAAGUUAUGCUUCACAAUCCCCGAAUUCAACCGAUUUUUGGCAAGCAACGUAAAUGCGUACAAUUUGAUAGUGCGUGCGCUACUUACCUAUCAUCACUUGCCAGUUUUCAAACCAGACUGUUGUUCACUGCUGUUCCUAUUACUUUUUGACGCGUAUAGUUCAGGAUGUAGUAAAAACCUAUCGCUGCCGAAGAUUUGCGAAAACUACAACAUUCCUUUUGUGUGUGAGUUUCACUGGAAACACAGUCCGUUCAACGAGUUGAGUUUUUUGGAGGAAAUUUUCGUUGACUGUAAUGGUACAACAGAAAAAAACCUCAAUCCGCUGGUAGACCAAGAAAAUAGUAUUCUUCGCUUUAGUGGUACUUGCGGAACAGAGUGCGCAACUUCACGAAUUUCGAAAAUUGCUGCCACAAGCAAUGGCAAUUGUUUAAAUCAAAGUGGGGAGAGUUUUAGAACCAACGAAGAUUAUCGGCAAGUAGCAUGGCAAUACCUUCGGCUAGCUUUUGCCUGCCAGUGGUUCGAUGCAUUCGAUAAUAUUCUGGUAAAUGCUAAGAAAUGUCGGCAAUCGCUUAAAUCGACCCAUCAAGAAAGAGAAAUUACUAUUAUCGAUUACAGCAUUCUACCGCCUCACCUGGUGGCGGCAAAACAAUACAACGAUGGGGAAGUGAUAGAUCUGGACGAUCAGAGCCUUCAGUUCGAUCGUUCAUUGUGUUUAACUAGAAAAGAUCUCAAUAUGAUAAAGACAAGUCAUGUGGACGAGAUUUUUCGGCAUAGCUUGAAGAACGUCGCCACAGCCACCUCGCACGCGGAAGUAUCUGUUGGACUAUCUGGUCUGGAGAGUAAUUUACUUCUUCCAAUGCAAGUACAAAUAUUACACAACUCUAUCGUUAAGCAUCUUAAAAGGUUCAUUCUAACCCCUCCAAAUACCGAGGCAGAUGAAAAAUUGCUGGUAGAUGUGAUCGGUUUGCUAGGAGAUCUGAUUCAAAUUGGCUAUGAAAAUGUGCUGGUAUGGAUUGUUACCUUACUGUUUGAUCAAACCAGUAUCUUUAUUCUGCUGCUCAAAUCAGAUACGUGUUCGGGUGAGCUGUUCAUGAAAAAUGCUGAUUUCAUAAAAAUUACCCUGCAAGAAGCACUAUCCUGUGGCAAUCCGAGCGUAACAAGCUUACUUUUGAACGAAGAGAAUUACCAAAUAAAAAUAAAACGCGAACACAAUUUUAAUCUGCUAAAUAAACUGUUUGAAAUAAUAAUCAACCGCCUGGAUAACGAUCUGCAAAAAUGUGACUUGAUGAGGAUUCUUUCGCUUAUCGGUCUAGCGCGAGUUAUCAUUCACAGUGAAUUGAUUGAAUUUGACAAUAAGUUUCUCAAUCACGUCGUAAACAAACUGUGCUCCUAUAUUAAUCUACUGCGAUCGAUAACAUACUCCGGAUCGACCAUAGCUAAAAACUGCCUCAUUAUAAUGUCGCUUAUACUGGACACUUUAAAAGAAGUGCAUUUAAAAUCGAAACAUUACAAAGUGAUUGCGAUGCAGUGCAGCCACACUAGCGCAUUGAUUCGUGCGUGCGCCUGGAAUGUGCUGGCUAAGAUGGCUAAGAGCCUUUCGGGAGCGCAUUCCAUCAUCAAAGAGUGUGCCUAUCUACCGGGUGGGAUUCAUGCCAGCUGUGCAAAAACGCUCCUGGAUCCAGAGGAAGCAAGCCUCGUCAAAGAAUCCGCUGCAGGAUUACUAAUCAAUCUGCUGUCACAUCGAUCGGAGAAAGAUGGCGUUCUGCAUAAGUUCAUGCUUCCAUGCGAUCGAGGUAGCCACAGUCAAUUGGACGCGGAUCCUUUGCAAACGGUUCUAGCUAUUCUGAAAAAGCAUCGGUUCUUCGAACAAGCACUGGAGUCGCUGCAAAAUUUUACCACGCGCGAAGAAAUGGAACUUGAAGAGUUUCAAGGCGUACAGAUUGUCACAUGUGAUGUUGUGAAAAGCUAUAGUCUGAUAUUUAGUAGCUUGUUGGAUCUCAAGCCGAAUUUAAUGGAAUUACUAGUUGAAAAAUGCUGUUUGCAGAGAUUAAUGAAUUGUAUCUCCGUUGUCCCAUUGCACCCUGGCUGCUCUGCUUUCAUGAUGGUGUCGGAAAUCUGCAACCUGCUCAUUCGGUGUUGCAGAAUCAACAAAGACGAAAUAUGUGACAUUAUUGCUCCAUACCAAGCUGUUAUUGGAGGAAUAAUCUACCUUCUAAAUGUUAGUUUGUAUACCAAAUGUGAUGACACCAUAUUUUGUGAGGUAACCAGCAGCAUUGUACAGCUGUUGAAUAUCCUCGCAAUGCAUAAAUUAGGUAACAAUCUUAUUGGCGGUGCACUGUCUUCACUGGGAGUGAAACCACUGGUGCAAUUUAUUGUCGAAGGAAUUUCUCGUAACACGCCAAAAAAUUAUCAAAUUUCUUGCCUACGUCUUCUGGUCGUUUUGGUAACAUCUUCAAAUGAUGCAACUAUUGAUCCCACCGAGCUCACAUCAUUUUCAUACCUAAUCGAAGCACAGAAUUCGGAACCUGUUAGGUAUGCUAAACCUUGCAUUAACAAACGGUCAAUUUUUAUAGAAAACCAAAAUCUCCCUAAACGAUUAUCUAACGGAUUUUCUUCGGAUGAAGAUAGUGAAAAUUGUGAUCCCAACAGAAGACUGCCUCGAACACCAGUCAAUACCAGUAAACCGCACGAAACGGAAACGUUCAAUACCGCAGCGGAACUGAUCAUGACAACGCUUAUAAAACAAUAUCAGAUAGUGUGCGCACAGGAUAAACUCGCAAAUGGAGCGCUGAUUUUCACGCUACAAAAGCGCUCCCUGUUGUCCGCCAUUCAAGCAAUGCUGUAUCAUUCCGAAAAGGCGAAACAAGUGUCUCGUCGAAGUAAAUUUCUGGACAUACUGAUCGAUCGCUUGGAAGUAAUUUACAGUGGAAUCGGUAUAAGUUAUCUAGAUUUUGUUAGGCGAAAUGGUGACAAUAAGAAAACACCCAUUAUUGAGGAACUAUCGUCGAUAGCCAGUAUAAUAUCCGCAUGGUUUAGGAAUGAUAUUCUUAUACAUCAAGUAAACAUCAAUCGCUUGUGCAAACUAUUUUUGCAACUGUGGCCUUGGUUGAACAAUAACCGAAAUCUGGAAAAAGAAUUUCUUCAAGCCCUGGUUUGCCUGACGGAAAAAUCAAUUGUCGUGUGUAGGAGUUUGUCCGUGAAGUAUCCGGGUCAUCCACAUUCCAUUUUAAAGCUAACGAUAGCCACGGUCACUGCCGAAACGGGCAAGGUUAAAGGGCCGAAAAGUGAACUUAUUGUGAUGGAGCUGUGUUUACGAAUACUGAUCAACUGUUGCUCGUGCCAGGAAGGUCGUACCGUGGUGUCUAAGUUUAACGUCAUAGACAACGUGAGCAAACUACAUCCGGCGGUAACAAAACUACAAACGCCAUGGAUAAAAGUCACUAGACUUUGGCUGGAGUUUUGGGAAAUAUACACCCGACAUAGCGACGUUGCAGAAGUCAAGCAUCUAACCGUUUUGGGAGCUCUUUUCAGAAAAUCGAAUACCAUCCUUCGCCGGCUUUCGCUGGAGAUAAUGCGAAACAUGUCAUUCGUCGCAGGUAAUCGGCCUGCAUUGCUGGCAUCGGCUGAUUUCAUGCAUGCUCUGAAAGCAGUACUGGAUGGAACGAAUGUGGACGAGCAACUACUGGUGGCAUGUUGCAUUUGGAAGCUGGUUGCCAACAAUCAGAAAGGUAAAGCCGCCAUUAAAAGUAGUCCCAUUCCGAGGCGAUUGGAUGCCUUGCUCAAACAGCGAUCUCUGCUGCAUCAAUGCGAAGAUGAUGAUCUGUACAAUGUUCUAACAAUUACGGUUAAGAUGUUGCAAAUUUAAGA